AAUUCAGCCUAAAAAAUUUAGUCCCUUGUUAAAAGCAUAUUAUUUUGAUCAACGUACCCUCAACCUCCUCCAUCUCGCCCUAGGAUCCCAUCGAUUUAUUUUUGAAAAUCAUGGGAGGUUGUGCGAGCAGACCCAAGGAAUUUAAUGCCAAACAGGAACCCCUGCUUCCUCCUGAGGAUCCCACCACCCCUAAGAAGGUUGAGGGCGAGACUGUUUCACAAGAGGAACCUUCGAUAGAUUCUUCUGAGGCGGCCGCAAAGACUGAAGAGCCAUCCACUGAAUCCAAGCCUGCCGAGGCAGAAGCGGGUGCAGAGGAGGCUGCCAAGCCAACAGAGGACAAAUUUGAGGCUGCAGUUGAAAACAAAGAAACAAAGGAGGAGAAGAAGGAGGAAGUAAAAGAACAAGGUGGUGAUGCACCUCUUGUUAAGCUUUGAUGUUCAUGUCACUGCUUAAACUCUUGUGUUUUUUCGCUGACAAAAGGAAAUUUUGUACGAUUGUGUAAAGAGCGAGAAUUGAUUAUUUUUUCAUGACUUGAUUUUUUGGGCCCUCUUGUAUGAACAAUCUGCAAUAAAUAAAUAAAUAAAAGUUUGUUUUUGUUUAUAGAA